ACACAGCGCUUCGGCGGACGGUCUUGUAUAGUUGGCCGGCGGGUGCAUGCGCAUGGCGGUGGUAGGAGCCCGAGCCACCCCAGCAGCAGCACCAGCGUCGCACUGCCACCCGCACGACGACGUCUUCCCCACCAUGGCGUAUCGUCUCCCGUGCAACGGCGGCUCCGCCUCCACCUACUACGGCGCUAGCCCCGCCACUCCUUUCCCACCUGCUGCCGCCUUCGGCGCGGCCCCCGGCCAGGUGCAGCUUGACGUCUUCGAGUGCCUGUCGGACGAAAGCCUCCCGGCUGCUGUUCCUGGCACGUUCGGGGCGCCGCCGCCGAUGCCGGUCGUGCCGGAUGCCGCUGGCUGCAGUCAUGCCAGAGGUGCGGCGGCUGUGGGGGCGAGGAGACCGGACAGGAUCGCGUUCCGGACGAGGUCAGAGGAUGAGGUACUUGACGACGGCUACAAGUGGAGGAAGUACGGCAAGAAGUCCGUCAAGAACAGCCCGAACCCGAGGAACUAUUACCGGUGCUCGACGGAGGGCUGCAACGUCAAGAAGAGGGUGGAGAGAGAGAGAGACGACCCGAGCUACGUCCUGACCAUGUACGAGGGGGUGCACAACCACGUGAGCCCCGGCACCAUCUACUACGCCACCCAGGACGCCGCCUCUGGCCGUUUCUUCCUCGCCGGGAUGCAUCACUCCGGCUAUUAGGGGCUGUUUGGUUACAGCGCAACUUGCUUAGUGCCCAUCUCUAUCACGCCAUUUCUCUGCUCGCUGCCACACGUCCGCUUCCUCUAGUCUCCAGCAGUGUCAAAUUCGUGCCCACCGCCUGCUGUUGCCCCCGUUCUGACUCUUCCUAACCGGCUGUCCUCCACCGCUCGGGGCCAGUAACGUCCUGAUGUGUCGCCAUCUCAUCCUUGUGUCUGCCACCAUCGUUGGGCUGACAUGUUGCCCCGGACACCCCUCUAAGCCCCGGGAGCACAGCGGACCCAAAAAACACCCUCCCGAACUCAAAUUGCUACUGAUCUUCCGUCGACUGUAAGAAAUGCUGAUUGAGUAUAGGAGAUGUGAUAAAGUUAAGUAUACUUUGAAUCUCUAGUAGCACACCUAAUGUGCAUCUAGCAAGCAAACAUCAAACAUUAUCACAUUGUUAUGGAGUAUUUGGCUACGUUUGUCACUGCAGUGGCUUUUCAAAAAUACUUAUUUAUUUCUAUGUGUAGGUGCAAUUGGUGGUUGGAAAUAUCUUUUUUAAGAUCUGUAAUAGCAAAAACCACACUAAAAAUGGCAAAUAUUCUUCUAACUAACUAGAUUUCACAGCACAUUGUAGCACAACAACUGCAAACGGACCCUUUGUCAAGGCAUCCAACAGUGUCACGUUCCAAUGAUCAAACGCAUUAAAACUGUUCAACUUUUAGCAAUACUAGAUGGUAGUCCAAAAGAAUUCACUAAUUUUGGCUCCUCUCCCUGCGCAACACAAUCCUCAAUCCUCGCGAGCGGAGGCAUCCUUGCUGCCUGUCAGAUUAUUGCUGCCAGUCCUGAUUACAGGAUCAGGACCAGGUAAAAACGCAAUCAAAAUAUGGUAGAACCUAAUCCUAACUGGAUGCCUUCCUCCUCUCGGAAGAUGGCCUGUCAUCUAUGAGAGUAAGAGAGUUCAAGCAGUUGUCUUAAAAAAAUAGUGUUCAAGCAAAUUGAGAAACUUGAGUGAUUUCUUCAAAAAAUUUACUUCUGAGAUGUAUAAUAAGGGGUAAUUGACGAUUUGCCUCCAGUAUGGAGUGGUUAAAAAUACCAUUAUAAAUUAGGAUUUCAUAAAAUUCCACUCACGAGAGGUGGUCUCUCGAUCAUCAAUGUUAUGGAUAGUUCUGCCCCUAGUCCCAUAUGUCAUCUUUGGCUAAAUUCUUCUCCAUCCUAUUUCCUCGCUUCCUCUCUGGCUGCUGAUUCCCCUAAAGCUCGGCCCCCUCCGCCGCCACUAGAUCAACAUGCCGGCUGAUUUUGGCCACCGCCGCCAGAUCCCCAGCUUUGCAUUUUGUGAAAGCACAACCUUAUAAUGCCUGUGCGAUGGACAAAAAAAUUAGGAAGACGUACAUUUUACAUAAUAAGGCACCGGGUAGGCAGACCAUCUCAAAAAAAGCUUUAGAUUUGAUGAUGUACACAUUUGUGGAAUCAAAGUUAAUACACCGUGUAACUCUAAACCCCUGUACACUCACGUGGAAUCUACACCAUCUUUAUUAAACAAGUUAAUGCCUACCAAUGUGGCUUUCAUAACAAAAUAAAACUUGCAGUAAACUGCUUACAGUGCUAAUGACCUGCUGCUUUGCAAAUACAGAACUUAAGUACCUCCAUGAAUAAAAGGCUAGAACGACAGGCAAACUCAUUUGGUGAGCAUGUAGUUCUUCACAUUUCAAACACUUUAGUCUUGAAAAAUAAUUGAUUAUUAG